CAGAAUUCUGAGGUGGAGAGAGGUCUCACAAGUGAAUGUCAGAGCUCAGACUGGAACGCGUAGAUUCUGGUGAAAUCAGCCCGUGAGACUCACACCGGGAGGCUGCAGAACUGCAGUGGCCUGAGCCAUGGAAAAGAAUGAUGCGAUCAACUUCAAGGCUUUGGAGAGAGAGCUGCAGGCUGCACUUGCUGCCGACGAGAAGUACCAAAGGGAGAACGCUGCCAAGUUACGGGCGGUUGAACAAAGAGUGCCUUCUUACGAGGAGUUCAGAGGUAUUGUCCUUGCAUCACACCUGAAACCUCUGGACCAGAAGGACAAGAUAAGGGGGAAAGGACUUGUGCCCUGGAACUGUCACACUACUAGGGAAAGGACUUUUGAGGAUGUGGCCACUGAAAUACCCCAGGAGACAUCACCCUUCCAGCCUGCAACCUCUGCAGAGUUUUACCGUGAUUGGCGUCGGCACCUAAGAGGUGGACCAGAGCGCUACCAAGCCCUGCUUCAGCUUGGGGGUCCCAAGCUGGGCCACCUCUUCCAGAUGGAUGUAGGCUUUGGACUUCUUGGGGAGCUGCUGGUGGCACUGGCUGAGCAUGUGAGGCUAAGUGACCGGGCGGCAGUACUAGAGAUCCUGCACAGCUUGGCUAACACGGGGCGGUUCACCCUGAACCUGAGCCUGCUGAGCCAGGCAGAGCGCGAGAGCUGCCAGCACUUGUUUCAGAAGUUACAGGCCAUGGGCACCCCCAGACCCAUGCAGGAGAGGCUCAGCUUGGAGGAGCCAUCUGCUGGGCUGCAGGGAGAGGAGGGGCUCCUACAGGAACUGCGAGGGCUGUAUGGGCUCCACUGAUGGAACUGGCUGCCCUCAGCAUUCCCCAGUGGUCUCAGAAAGCAUUUUUUUUUAUUUUAAAAUAGACUUGUUUUAUUUUAUGUGUGUGAGUGUUUUGCCUACAUGUAUGUAUGACCACCAGGUGUGUACCUAGUGCCUGAGGAGGCCAGAGAGGGUAUUGGAGCCUCUAGAAGUGUAGUUACAGAUGCUUGUAAGUUACAGAUUGUUGGAAGCUCCCAUUUGAGUGCUGGAAUCGAACCAACCCCAUUCCUCUGGAAGAGCAACCGGUUCUCUUAACCACUGAGCCAUCCCGCCAGCCCCUUUGGAACGCAUUUUGUGUUGGUAUCUUGGGUUUUCUGCAGAGGUAUUGAAAGAACUAUCGUGAGAAAGCCGCACCUACUUCCUUUUCAAGUAGUGGGCUUGCCCACUUCUCCAACCGGUAAUUUUAUCUAUGUGGCUCCCCAGGAUGCAAAGGGCCCUACUGGUUUAGAGUGUUUUGCUCCCUACCUUAUGAGUUGGCCACGUCCCUAGCCUUGAGAAGUGGGUGUGUUUGCAACUAAAUUCUGGCCACACAAAACUCCCUCCUAGAGGGAAAAAAUAAAGCAAACUCACUGACCUCUGAUAAAAUAUAAACACUGAUCAUAACUCUUAACCAGAAUAUUUAUAACCCAAAGCCAGUGAAUGAACAGCCAAUCAAUAAUAAGCAAAGGCUCCUUCAUUUGAGAUGCAGAAUUUUCCCCCAGAGGCCUAGUUCUUUCUCAGGUUGAGCCUGGGAAAUCCCCAGUCCAUUGGCUCAGGUCUGGCCAGCAUCCCAGAUGACCAGAGGGUUUCUGUCCUAUCUCUCAGAUUGCUGAAGGGAUAUUCUCCAGGGUAGGCGGGGCCAAGGGUGCUUAGAGCUCAUUCUAGUUUCCCUUAGCCCAUUCUUAGGUGAGUGCCAGUGUUCUAGAAAGAUGAGAGAGUGUUAGGUUCUAGAAUGACCCCCCCCCCAGAUCAGUCCUGUGCAUUAGAAUAGCACCUUGUACAUCAGCUGGGAAUAAAUUGUCUUGCAUUGGCUCUCUCCCCUGCACUUUCUGGCUUCUUGUACUGGUUGUUUGAACCUUUCUUUAUGUAGUGGCCUCCUCUCAGCAGUGAUUUCUAAAAAGCCACAGGUCUUUGGUGCCCUGGG